GGUGGGGCUACACCGCCCGGAAGUUGUCGGUAGAUUCUGACCAUAGUAACGACGAAACAAAGCAUGGCGGUUGCGGUUGCCAUUAUUUGGUUUGCUCUUGGCUGCGUGGAGAUGAUUUUAUUUUUUGCAGAAGUCGUCUCGAACGAAAACCUUACAGGGUACAACGUGAAUGCUACAGCUACUCCUGACCGGAAUUUCACACAUGACGAGUCUGUGGAUAGUUCAACGUUUGCUUUGCAAAAGACAACUGACUUUGAUUUGUCCACUUUACACACGAGUUACACUAUUACCGAAGUUACAAAUCAACAACCAUUUAAUGUUGAGCCCCUGCCCGUCUCCGGUCAUCUACCGACCCCAACGAUUGACGUUGGCAAUGUGUGUUCCUGUGAUGAGCACGAGGGUCUCUGCGACAUCAACUGCUGCUGCGACAGAGAAUGUCGUCAGGAGAUGGCUCUGUUCACUGGCUGCUCAAUGCACACCAUCAGUGGCAACAAGCAGUUCUGCAGCCAUGUCACUGCAUCAUAUGCUUUGCAGUAUACUGUGGAGGGGUAUUCACAGUUGCAGUCCUUUGUCCAACAAGAGACGUCUGGUCACACUCUCUGCAUUCAGUCACAUCGUCUUGACGGAUUUUACUUUCCUGCCCCUACUCUUCCACUGUCUGGAAACUUUGAUUUACUCUUCAACCAGUUUAAUAGGUUUGCUUUCAGUUCACCGGAGAAUAAUGACAUGUCUACAUAUAUCCCUACUAAAUUUUAUCAGUAUGGAGUUGCAAUCAUGUCUGUUGAAGAAGAGGGAAAAAGAGGAAUCUUUUACCUGCCAGCUUCCAGUAUUUCUGUUGACUGCCUUGACCAGAGUCCUGCAGGUAGUUACUGUAAUACUAUUAUUAACAUUCUGGGUAUGCUCACACUUGACAGGUUUGGUGUGGUUAAUUGAAAUAGUUAGCUCUGGUAUUGCUCUUGGUUUGAUCAAUUGCAAAUGUUAUUAUUGUAUUGUCCAGGGAAACCAGGACAAUGAAAGUCUUUGUAUAACAAUGAGAUUUAUUUCAGCUGCAACUUUUGAGAAACACCAUGUGACAGAGUGUAAAGUCUAUAACAGAGCGUCUCCUCCCCAUUGGUCGGUGAAACAUGAUCUUCAGUGUGCUUCAGCCACACCAGCUAG